UGACGUCGCCUGACGCAGACGGACGCAGAGCUGCAGUGCGGACAAACAGGCCGGAGCCCGACCGCCCGCCCGACCGCCGGACCCGCACUCCGCCUCCCCGCCCGGCCUCCAGCGUCCGCCCCGGGCGGCCCCAGCCUCCGCUCCCCGCCCACAGCGCGCUCCAUCCGGCGGGAGACGGGGAGGAGCAGUCCGCCGCCCAGCCCUCCUCCUCCGGCCGAGCCGCGGAUGGAGGACGCGGCCCCGGGUCGCCGCUAACCUUUGGCCGAGCUCCGCUGCUCUGAACUGGGAUGCGCCGCGGCGCCGCCGCUCUGGAACCGGUCCGGCCCGGAGGCUCACCCGGGACGCUGAGGGUUUAGUCCGGGACGGGGGAGUCUGCGGCCCGAACCACGGCCCCCUUUCAGAGGAACGGUGGGUUUUCUGGACCACGGCGGUUUGUGCCGAAAUAAAAUCCCAGAUGAAGAUUCCCAAACGGCGGAAAAGAAGCGGACGCUGCGCCAGGCUAACUCAGGAACAGGCCGGGCUUUGUCCCGCUCAGGAUUUGUUGUAAGCCGUCAGGUUUUCCGGGAGCUCAGAACUAUGAUAAAUGGCUCUUUUAAGCUGGGAGCUGCUCGAGUUCUGUCCGGCUGGCAGAUGCAGUGCCUAGUCCCCGGCCUCCAGGACCACGCCAACAUGAACGGGACGUCCGAGCAGGCCGACAUCCUGCCGCCAAACUGCAUGGUCAAAGAUCGAUGGAAAGUGGUAACAGCGGGACGCCGUGUCGUCCCCCAGGUGGCCCAGGAGGACGAGGGGGGGGACCGGGGGGCCUGCGUGGUGUCCUCGGCUCGUGUCGGAGCCCCCGAGUCGCCCACGGGUCAGGGACGCUCUCUCCGGUACCGGCGGGUCAACAGUCCGGAGUCGGACCGUCUGUCGGCGGCGGAGUGCAGAGGCGACGCCUACGGACAGAGGUCCAGAAUGGACAUUCUCGGCUCGCCGUCUCGACACGUCUACUCGUCCCAGCCGGCCCAGAUGCUUUCGGUGGACCCCGGUUGCCGUGGCGACGGUCAGGUCAGCGGGCGGCAGGAGGCGUCGGUGGCGUCCGCGGACCAGGAAGCGCACAGUAACGCUUUUAUCCGCUCUGUCCCGCUGGCCGAGGAGGAGGACUUCGACAGCAAAGAGUGGGUGAUCAUCGACAAAGAGGCGGAGCUCCGGGACUUCCUCCCAACCACAUCGGGAACCACCGACGAGGAGCCCGAGGAGCUCCGCCCCCUGGAGGAGCAGGAGGAGCGCAGGAGGCUCCGGGGUGCAGGGGGGGACUUGGUGGUCCGUCCUAAAACCCACACCCGGGACAGCAGCCGGGGGAUGCUCACCCUGACGGAGGAGGAGGCGUCCCGCAGGAGCGGCGGCAGCCCGGCGCAGUCGCCCUGCCACUCGCUGCCGUCGGGCCGUCCGCGGCGGAGGGAGUCGGAGCCCACCGGGCCCCACAGGCCGAUCGAGGAGGACCGCCACCAGCCGCGGCCCAACCAGCUGAGGAGGCUGGCGUCCUACGUCUUCUCGUCCUCCACCCUGGAGACGGAGCAGUACCCGCACGGAGGCGGCGGCUUCAUCCAGAGGAGCCGCUCGGCCGAGAGCAGCCCCGCCCACGCCGCCUCGGCCUCGGCCUCGGCCCGGCGGCGGCACGCCGGCACCCUGCCCACGCCCGGCAGCCCCCGCAGCAGACACUCUGUCCUCAACGUGUCCCGGACGCAGCUGCAGCAGAUGUUAGCCAAGCUCAUGAACAAGAACAGCAAGAAGGGGAUUGAGAGUGUCCACAGUGUCCCUGCCUCGUCACCGGUGGACCCGAGUGGCCCGUCGCUCCCGUCUCCGGACUACCGGACGAAGGCUCAGAGCGAGGAGAAGGAGCUCUUCCACAUCCUCCCUCAGCUGCAGGCCAAGAGAGCCGACUUCCUGAGCGUCAUGCUGACCGGCACGCUGCCGCAGCGCCGGGGCCUGGCGCCGCCGGAGGAGCCGGUCCCGGAGCCUCCGGGGCCCGGAGACGACGACGUGACCAAGAGCCAGUCCAACAGCGACGCCAGUCAGAAGAGCACCGAGCACAGCCAGGACGCCGCCCCCUCCACCCUCAUGGCCGAAGACCACCGCGGCCAGAGGGAGCACGCCUCGGCCGCAGACGCCGACCCCGACCUGGAGGAUGCGUCCAAGACUCUGGUCCUCUUCUCGCCCGGAGACACGCGCAAGUCUCCCUCCGGUGCCGAAGUGGCACUGGAAGCCGAGCUGGCCACGCCCACGGCCCUUGCCUCCCACGCCGACCGUCUGGCGGUGGGAGAUGGCGUGCAGCCCGAAGUCUCGGACACUGGACGUCUGUCCCCGGCUCUCAGGUUUGACCUCCGGCCGUCCACGCCCAUCGCUCCCGCCUCACCUCCCUUCACCAAAGUGGAACGCACCUUCAUCCACAUCGCAGAGACGUCACACCUGAACAUCAUGUCUUCCAACGGUCACUCUGCCAGAGACGGCGAGCGGGAAGUCUUCGUGCUGGACUCGGCUCCUGCUCCAGCUUGGGAGGUGAAGAAACAGUCUCCAGAGGAGCCGGGACUCCAGCAAGGUACCGCUGCAGUGGAGGACCGUCCCAAAGAGAAGGGACUCCUUCAAGGUACCGCUGCAGUGGAGGACCGUCCCAAAGAGAAGGGACUCCUUCAAGGUACCGCUGCAGUGGAGGACCGUCCCAAAGAGAAGGGACUCCAGCAAGGUACCGCUGCAGUGGAGGACCGUCCCAAAGAGAAGGGACUCCAGCAAGGUACCGCUGCAGUGGAGGACCGUCCCAAAGAGAAGGGACCUCUUCAAGGUACCGCUGCAGUGGAGGACCGUCCCAAAGAGAAGGGACCCCUUCAAGGUACCGCUGCAGUGGAGGACCGUCCCACAACAGAGGAUGUUUCCGUGGCCGUCCCGGAGCUCGUCCCUGACGCUCCACCUCAGGCGCUAUCCACUGAAGAAGCUGCCACGCUCCCGAUGGCUCAACUUGAACCCCAACCUGUGGUCAAGCCCAGGAUUCGGAGUCGAAUUCCGAUCCUGAUGUCUGAGGAAGACUCUGGCUCGGAGCAGUCCUCGUCCCUGUCGGCUCGCGCCCGGCUGCAGCAGCGGGCUCGGCAGCUGGACCUGGCACGCCUGCUGGUCCAGAAGCAGCAGGGCCGCUGGAUGAGGAGGAGGAUGCUGUCGGGGACAUCUUCAUCAUUGUCCUCCGGAGACGACGAGCGUCGCAGAGCUUCCGAGACUCUGUCCACCGCCGGCUCUGAGGAGGAUACGCACACCUCUGACGAGCCCAAGAGAUGCUCCCGUCUCAAAACCACUGAAGAAUCCAAGGAGGGCAGGAGCAAGAUCCCCCGACCCGUCACCCCGGUCAGGAGGUCUCCGAGGGGACUCACCGCUGCCGCCGCCGCCGCCGCCUCUUCCCUCUGCGUGCCGGACAUGAGCAGCACCAAAGCAUCCUUCAGCAGGAGCAACAGGGUGGAGCUGAGCACCCCCAGCCCCCACUGGAAGGGGAAGCCAGUCCCGCCCCGGUCGUCGUCCAGCUCGUCGGGCGCCCCCGCCCCCUGCGGCAGCCCCCGCAUGCCCCUCCGGGUGCUGUUUGGAACCCGACGCAGCCUCAGCUCCACCCACUGCAGGACCGACAGUCCCUCCCCUCAGAGAGCGGUCCCGGCGGCCAAAUCCAGGCAGCUGCUGUCCGUGCGCGCCCCCACCGUCCCUGUGCUCCCGCCCAGGACCGGCGGCGGCGGCAUGCGGCGCAGCGCAUCGCAGGAAGCCACGGCUCCGGCCAGGACUCGGCCCAAAGCCGCCGGCUCAGCCAGGGAGAGGGCGCCCCCCAGGGAGAGAGCAGGGCCCGCCAGAUAAUAGAGAGACUGGCUGCUGGAGCCUCCACCGGCACCGCCCGUCCGGACCGCCGCGCCGCCCGUCCGGACCGCCGCUCCCUCUCUCUCAACCGGCUGCAGGACUCUGCCUGGCUCACUCUGCAUGGUAAACUAUAUCACCAGUAAGACCCGGAGAGCCCACAUGUACACGCUCUCUAACUCUAAGGACUCUGGUAGUUUGACUCCGCCCCCCUUCUGCCAAAUAUCCAUGGAACUGGACUGCUCUACGUCCCGUGUCAGACACGCCUGACCCUGGCCUGGAGUGGAGACGUGGGCGUCCUCCUGUCCCCGGGUGUGUGUGCUUCACUCCUGUAAUGAGUUGUACAUAGCAGAACGCUGUCCCAUAAGAACAUCUUUAUUUUUUACCUCGCUCUUUAUUUCUCCUCUGUUCGCUGUGUCGGCACUGUGCUCCUUAUUUAUGCAUGAGAAAACAGGACUAACAUGAUCCGGUCCGGGACUGCAGGGCUCUGGGCAUGGAGCUGGAA